AGGGAUUAUAAAGCUCAAAAGAUUGAAAGGACAGCAACAACUAAAUGUCAGAACCAACAGAACCUGUGGUUCCAGGAGAUCAGAACGAGUCGGUGGACGAAGUGCCUGCAGCCGCAGUGAAAUUGAUAGGCCCAUUCAUUAAGAGAGGUAAAGAGCUGCUUAACGUACAGCCGUUGAUCUCUUACUACUGCUACCUAUACGCUGCUCAGCUAAUCUUGGAGUCACAGCUGCAUUUGCAGGAUGCGGGGGUUGCCAAUUACAUCGAGGUUUUACUCAACACUGUGGAAGGGAACCGGAAGAUUAUUGAGUCGACUUCUUCGACGUUGGCCGACAUCUUGACCGAUAAAGAAAAGUCGUUCAAAUUGAUCCUCGGAUUUUCACUGUCCGUACUCAACAAGGCCUCUGGAGAGAUUGACAGUCACACUUCCUCGAAGUCGACCGUGCAGAGCUUUAUGGCGUUCCUGAACUUCGUGGAGGUGUUGAAGCUCUGGCCGGAGCUCUAUCAAUCGCAAGCAGCGGAUUUGCACAACCAGAUCAAAUAUGCAAAGUUCCAUUCCAACAGAAUUUUGAAGGCUAUCAAAUCGGAUACAGACCCGAACGAUUACGUCACCCCGCAAGAUGAGCAGGAGUUGUCCAACUUCCUGCAGCCGGGGGCAGAGACGACCGAAAAGGCCACCGAAGACGCCACUUCAGCAGAGACAGUCUCCCCACCGACGUUUGUUGAGGAAGCUCCCCCUAAUUCCUCUUCCAUAAACUUGCCAGAAGCCCCCUCAGAGAUAAAGGGAGAAAUUAAUUUACCGUCUGCUCCGGUGUUGAUCAAAGGUCAAAAAAACAGUUUAGGACUACCUUCCGCUCCGCAAUCAUCUGAUACCGAAAGCACGGUAGACCUCCAUGUACAGCCCAAACCGGUGUCUAGUAACCGACCAAAACUCCCAGCAAAACCCUCUUCCACAACUAGAUAUACCCAGCCUCUUGCUCCGUCUCCUGCUGUGGUUGCAGAGUCCAAAAUUCUGUCCAAAGAUGAUGUGGAAGAAAUAUGGUCGAAAGCUGAAGUCAUAUCAAAUGCACAGAAGAAGGCCAAGUUUGCCAUCAGUGCUUUGAAUUACGAAGAUAUAGAAACGGCGAUAACUGAGCUUCAGGGCGCUCUCAAACUCUUGCGUGGAGAGUAGUGUAUAUCAAAUAUGUAUCCUCUUUUAAUGAUGAACAAUAUAUCAACACUGGGUAAAAUGAGCUAUAGAAGAGAGAGCGGAC